ACGACUCACGACACCCACCGGCCGUCGUGAUGGCCGGCGCCGCCUGGCCGCUCGCCUCCGCCGCGGACCUUCUCCCCGCCUCCCUCUCGCUAACCCUCCUCCUCGCCUCCCUCGUCGCCGUCCUCGGGCUGGGCAUCGCCGCCGUCUUCUUCGAGCACAUCCGCAAGAUCGGUUGCAUGCACUCGCUGGAGAGGACCGCCGUCUCCGACGCCUUCUUCGAGGACCCCGGCUCGCUCAAGAAGGUUCCCUGCCCGUCGAUUUUUGACCCUGCCGAGAAGUACAUUUCUUUGAUCGUUCCCGCUUACAACGAGGAGUUUCGGCUCCCGGAGGCUCUUACAGAAACACUCAACUACCUGAAACAGCGUUCAGCUGCUGACAAGUCAUUUUCUUAUGAGGUCUUGAUUGUUGAUGAUGGUAGUACUGAUCGCACCUCAAAAGUGGCAUUUGAGUAUGUAAAGAAGCACAAUAUUGACAAUGUUCGAGUUCUUCUACUUGGAAGAAACCAUGGGAAAGGUGAAGCAGUCAGAAAAGGGAUGCUCCAUGCACGUGGGGAACUUUUACUCAUGCUUGAUGCUGAUGGUGCAACUCAAGUCACUGAUUUGGCAAAACUUGAAGCUCAGAUCCGUGCCUUGGGGGAGAAAGUUGAAUCCACUUUACCCUCUGGCAGUUCAUCUCAGAGACUGUCUGAUGUUGAAAUUGCUGUUUUUGGUUCCCGUGCCCAUCUGGAGAAGCAGGCUCUUGCCACUAGGAAAUGGUAUCGGAAUUUCCUUAUGAAAGGUUUCCACCUGGUAGUAUUGUUGACUGCUGGUCCUGGAAUCCGAGAUACACAGUGUGGCUUCAAGAUGUUCACUCGAUCUGCUGCAAGGAAACUCUUCACAAAUAUCAGAUUGAAGAGGUGGUGUUUUGACGUUGAGAUUGUAUACCUAUGCAAGCACCUCAGGAUCCCCAUGGCAGAAGUAUCUGUCAGCUGGACCGAAAUACCUGGAUCCAAAGUGCGCAUGACAAGCAUCCUGCACAUGGUGUUUGAGCUCCUGCUGAUCAAAGUAGGCUAUGGCCUGGGCAUAUGGAAAAUUUACUCGUAGACAAUAGUCAUUACAGUUAGUUCCAUCGCCGCAGCGUAUACCAAAUCUAGUUCGUCACUUGCAGAGAAUACAUUUACAAAAUUAGGUCAAUGAGCAAAACCAGCAAUGUAAAACUUCCUCAGAUUUUGGACUGGAGAGGAUUCAUUUCGGUGGGUAUGUUAGUUUUUGAGCGUAGCGAGAUAUUGACAGAUACUCACAUGUACUUGUUCCUGCUGAUACGUUCUCUGAUCCAUCUUGGACUGGAGUACUAUCAUUUUUAAUCAGCUUUGACACGAUGCUGUGUACA